AUGUUCAGAAACAUUGUCUCCGGUUUCCGUAGCGGCGCCAGAGCCGCUACCAAGGUCCGUCCUACCUUGGCAAGAUCCUACGCUGUUUUUGACCGUUCCAAACCUCACGUGAACAUUGGUACCAUUGGCCAUGUUGACCACGGAAAGACCACCUUGACCGCCGCCAUUACCAAGGUUUUGGCUGACAAGGGUGGCGCCAACUUCUUGGACUACGGUGCCAUUGACAAGGCUCCUGAAGAAAGAGCACGUGGUAUCACCAUUUCCACUGCCCACGUUGAAUACGAGACCGACAACAGACACUACGCCCACGUUGACUGUCCAGGUCACGCCGAUUACAUCAAGAACAUGAUCACGGGUGCCGCUCAAAUGGACGGUGCCAUUAUUGUUGUUGCAGCCACCGACGGCCAAAUGCCUCAAACCAGAGAGCACUUGUUGUUGGCCAGACAAGUUGGUGUGCAACACUUGGUUGUUUUCGUGAACAAGGUUGAUACCAUCGACGACCCAGAAAUGUUGGAAUUGGUUGAAAUGGAAAUGAGAGAAUUGUUGACUCAAUACGGAUUUGACGGCGAUGAAACCCCUGUUGUUAUGGGCUCUGCUCUUUGCGCUUUGGAAGGUAGAGAACCAGAGAUUGGUGAGCAAGCCAUCACCAAGUUGUUGGAGGCUGUUGACGAGUACAUCCCAACCCCACAACGUGACUUGGAACAACCAUUCUUGAUGCCUGUUGAAGAUGUUUUCUCCAUUUCUGGUAGAGGUACUGUUGUCACUGGUAGAGUGGAGAGAGGUUCCUUGAAGAAGGGUGAGGAGAUCGAGAUUGUUGGUGACUUUGACAAGCCUUUCAAGACUACUGUUACUGGUAUUGAGAUGUUCAAGAAGGAAUUGGACGCUGCUAUGGCUGGUGACAAUGCUGGUAUCUUGUUGAGAGGUGUCAAGAGAGAACAAGUUUCCCGUGGUAUGGUUUUGGCCAAGCCAGGCACUGUGACCUCGCACAAGAAGGUUUUGGCUUCUUUGUACAUUUUGUCUAAGGAAGAAGGUGGUCGUCACUCUCCAUUUGGCGAGAACUACAAGCCUCAAUUGUUCCUUAGAACUACCGAUGUCACUGGUACUUUGAGAUUCCCAGCAGGUGAGGACGUUGACCACUCCGCUAUGGUUUCUCCAGGUGACAAUGUCGAGAUGGAAAUCGAGUUGGUCAGAAAGACUCCUCUCGAAGUUAACCAACGUUUCAACAUCAGAGAAGGUGGUAAGACCGUUGGUACUGGUUUGGUUACCAGAAUCAUCGAGUAA